AUUUAUUCAAAUUGACAAUCUCUAAUUUUCUCAGUUUUACUCUUUUGAUUUUUCUGACCUAAACAGUGAAGUGAGAUUUGCCACUGCAAAUGGCUGCGGACAUAGCAGUUCAAGCUCCUUCCGAAACAACCUCGGAGAACGUCGAAGCCUUGCUUGAUGCUGCAAGAUAUGAUGACAUGGAUGAUGUUAAGAGCUUAGAAGCUAGAGGGGUUUCUCUUGAUUCCAAGGAUGAUCAGGGGAGAACAGCUCUUCAUAUGGCUGCAGCUAAUGGACAUAUUGAUAUUGUGGAGUAUUUGAUCAGUAGAGGAGUGGAUCUUAAUUCACCAAACGAGGAAAAGAAUACACCACUUCAUUGGGCGUGUCUCAAUGGGCAUGUUAAGGUUGUGAAGGAAUUAAUCAUGGCCGGAGCUAAUGUUAGUGUUUUAAACAGUCACGAGCGGACUCCAAUGGAUGAAGCAUUGAGUAGAGGAAAGCUAGAAGUGAUGGAUGCAAUUAAUGAAGCAGUAGCACUAGUAGAACUUCGUGGUGCUAUGGUUUCUGCACAGGAAACUUGAAGUUUAUGCUACUCUAACCAGCCUGUAACAUGAGAAUUUGGUGAUAUUUAUACAUGUUUUCCUACAAUUGUUACUUUGUCAAUGUGAACAUGAUCAUGAGCCUGUUUUUUUUUUUUUUGUUUUUUUUCCCCUCCCCAGUUUCCAUAAUGGAAUUUCUCUUUGGAAAAUGGAAUUGAAGGAGUUGCAUAUAUCCCUUUUUGGACUUAAAA